CAUAGCAGUGGCAACACUAUGCACCUUAGAGGUCUAAGUGCGGUCAUUUAACAGAUCAGUUAGCACUACCUAACCUAAUCUCUAUGGAAGACAUUUCUCAUACACGGUAAUAAAAUUACUACGAAAAAUAGAAUUUCACUACUAAUACUUUAAGUACACAAAACAAUUUCCGAAAAACAAAAAAAAACCAACAACAACACCUUGUACUUCAUUAAGUGUAUUUGUGUGCAGAAAUUCCCACCUGAGUGAAAAAGAAAACCAAUUUGAAACACUAAAUAAUUUGUGUCAUAAUCAGAUUAGUGCAUACAAUUUAGAUAAAAAAAGAAAAAAUAAAUAAAUAAAACCAAGCAGAAGUGAAGUUAAAAAUUUGCAAAGCUUUAGCGCGCAAUCUGUGCAAAUACUUGCGUGCAUCGGUCGUCGCAAAAUACCCAACAAAAAUCGCAACUGUAAAUAACAGUGAAAAUCGCAGAAUUACAUCGCGUAUUGCAGGUGUUCGCACAAGUGGCCAGGUAGCAACAUGUCGCAACCAAGUUCGCGCCGCAUUUCGCCGCCACACUUUCGUCGCGCUUUCGUGGUGCCCGGCACAGCGACACAAAUUGGUGCUGCGCCAGCAGAAGCAACAGCGGAUGCGAAAAUGAAAACAACAAACAUUGUUGAUGUUAACUGUUAUCAAACUGUUGCCACAUCACCUGUCUCAACAACUACCACAACAACAACCACCACUGCAAGCAUUGCUCAUUUGAGUGGCAGCGCGGAAGGCUGCGUCAUCACCAGCACCAUUCCCCGCAGUCCGCCUGUAAACAGCGAUAGCAACACCAACAGCAACAUAUCCAGUCACAUUAGCGUAGCAAAUAUCCGCGCGGGCGGAAUGGGUGGUGCCGGUGGCCGCAAUAUGCCCUCUUCCUGCCCGGAUUCACCGAUUCGACGUGUUUCGUCGAGUUUGAAAAACUCAGCUUUGGGUUUUGCCUCGCGAUUCUUCAACAAAUGCAAAGCAGCUACUUUCACCGUCGAUGGCGCCACAUUCACAAUAGGUAAGUGGAAUGCACACAUACACAUCCAAGUGCUCAACUAA